AUGAAGCCCUUUAUAAUCCCGAUCCUACGUGCGGAUCUGUUCCGGUACUUGGUUGUCCUCGCAGAAGGUGGAAUUUGGGGCGAUUUAGACACCUCGUGCGAGAAAGAAGUCACCGAGUGGGUACCGUUGGAAUACCGAAAUGAGAACAUCGAUAUGAUUGUGGGAUUGGAGUUCGACUUUGAAUGGCGGGGACCGGGGACAGAAGUUGCUUCCCAGUUCUGCAACUGGAUAUUUGUUGCACGGAAGUCUUCACGCAAUCUUCAAGUUAUUGUUGACACUGUCCUGAAUAAAUUGAAGGGCAUUGCGCAAGCAAACGCAGUGAUACUUGAAGGGAUUACCUUGGAAAUGCUUUCGGACGUGGUCGACGUGACGGGACCUAAGAUUAUGACGAUCGCAAUUAUGGAGAGUCUCGGACAAUUGCUCGGCAGGACCAUCGAUGAUCGCGAUUAUGCACACACUAAACAAACCAAGCUGGUUGGCGAUGUUUUGAUCAUGCCCGGAGUCUCUUUCGCGGCUCUUCAAAACGGAAACCCGAUGGAUCAAGGCGAUCCUCUUGUGACGCAUCAUUAUGAGGGCUCGUGGAAGAAGGAAGAUGCAGAAGCGAAGGAGCGGAAAAAGCAGAAACAAGAAAAAGAACAGCAGCAACAGCAGCAAGAUCCGCGAGAAGGAGCAUCAUCACCACCACCACCACCACCUGCUGCUGCGGCCUGA